AUGGACGGACACUCUACGACAACUGCCAGCAUAGCCGACCUGCUCGCUGCUGCACCAGUAGACACGGCCAAAUAUGAGACACUUUACAAGCACUUCCACACACACCCUGAACUCUCCAAUCUUGAGGCUCAGACUGCCAAAACUGUUGCAGAGCAACUAUCGCAGCUCCAAGCUUUCGAUAUCACCACCGACAUCGGCGGGCACGGUCUCGUCGGCGUCCUCGAGAACGGUCCGGGUAAUACCAUUCUCCUGCGCGCUGACAUAGAUGCGCUCCCGAUCAAGGAGGCCACCGGUCUUCCAUACGCCAGUACGGUCACCAUGCUUGACGCCGAAGGCAUCAUGCGGCCUGUGAUGCACGCCUGUGGGCACGAUAUGCAUAUGGCGUGUCUCAUUGCGGCCGCUGAGCGGCUGGUCAAGCUGAAGCAGGAGUGGAGCGGUACGCUGGUUGUGCUGUUCCAACCUGCGGAGGAGCGUGGUACGGGAGCGAAGGCCAUGGUAGAUGAUGGACUCUAUGACAAGCACAAGGUCCCCGUGCCGGACUUUGUGCUUGGCCAACAUGUCAUGGCGAUGCGGGCGGGUAGCGUAGGGUCAAAGGCAGGGACAAUCAUGGCCGGAGCGGAUAGCAUGAAGAUUACACUGUCUGGUCUUGGGGGUCACGGUUCGCAACCCCAUCGAACGGUCGACCCUGCUGUGAUGGCGGCCCAUGUGGUAGUGCGUCUUCAGUCAAUUGUCAGCAGGGAAAUCAACCCGAGUGACAUCUCCGUCAUCACGGUCGGCAGUCUGCAUGCCGGCCAGACGGAGAACGUCAUUGCAGACUCGGCGGAGAUCGGCCUCGACAUCCGCAGCGUUCGGCCGGAGACGCGCGAGAAGCUCCUGGCCUCGAUCAGACGAGUUGUGGAAGCCGAGUGCGAAGCGAGCGGCGCGACGGCCGCGCCGGUGUUCCAGAUGACGCGGCAUCUGCCCGUCACCGUGAACGACGAGUCGAUGACGACGACGCUGGCAGCUGGCUUCAGGGAGCACUUUGGGAGCGACUUUGAUGCGAACAUCACGGCGACGACCAUCUCGGAGGACUUCUCGGUCCUCGCAACGUCGCAGGGCAAGCCGUGCGCUUUCUGGCACUGGGGCGGGAUUGAAGAAGGGCUGUGGGAUCAGAAACUGAAGGAAGGGAGAUUGGAGGAGAUCCCAGCAAACCACACGGCCAGAUUUGCGCCUGUCAUACAGCCUACAUUGCAGACGGGCAUUGAUGCUCUCUGUGUGGCUGCUCUCACGUUCUUCAGGAAGAAGUUAUAA